UUUACAAUUAAUUAAGAACAGAAAAAAAAUCAAAGUCGGCGAGAAGAAAUUCCAUCUCUCCCACCGAUGAAUUUGAAGCCGACGGAGUCGCCGCCUCUCUGUAGAGAAUCUUGAAAAUAGGAGGAAAAAAAUGGGCGAUGUCGUGGGCGGCGGCAAACGGAACGGGGAUGAUCCAUGGCCGCAAUCAAAGACGGAUUAUAACGAGAAAAAUCAAGACAUGAAAAAUUGGGGAAUUCUUAUUUUUGGGUUAAUAGGAGCGACAGCCACGACCUUCGCUGUUACCCAAUUGCGAAGUACGGUUUAUUGGGUAUUCUCUCAGUUGAGCAGGUCUCAAUCAGCACAAAAGGACGGGCAGUCUUUUCGAACGAGUUUUCAAGAGGCAGCAUGGAAAAGAUAUAACCGACGUAUGCAAGAACAAUACGAAGAAGAAAUGGAAAGAGUGGAGCGAAUUCGACGGAUGCAGAGUGUCUUUAACAGGGGUAGAAAUAAAUUCAGGAGGAGUUACGAGAGUUGGCAAGAGAAUGGACCAUACAAUCAGAAUUUCCAGAGGAAUGAUUGGUACUGGAAAGCAGAUAAAUCAUUCAGAAACCACGAUAGUAACUUUACGGAUACGUCUAGGGCCACUGCAAGCUCUCCAUUAUCACAUCAUUACUCCGUUCUUGGCCUUAGCAGGAUGAGAACAAAACCUUACACGGACGAAGAAAUAAAGUCCGCUUUCAGAACAAAGGCGAAGGAAUUUCACCCAGAUCAAAAUCAGGACAACAAAGAGUAUGCCGAAGCAAAAUUCAAGGAGGUUAUGGUGUCCUACGAAGCUAUCAAGUCGGAAAGGAAGAGAAAUGGGCAGCUUUAAGGGUGAUUUCAGUUGAAUCAGUAUAUCGGGGUAAUAUUUUUGCUGUACUUUUAGAGCCUGCUAGUGUAGUUAAGAUUACGUGUAUAAUUUUUAUUUGAAGCAUACAAGUAAUCACAAUUAUGUAGAAAAAUAAAAAAGUUUUGAUUUGGGUUUGAAAAUAUUAAAUAUUUGGUUUGAAAUAUUAUUUAAUUUGAU